AUGACACACCCUACCAAAGAAGUUUCCAUUGCUGUAAUCGGUGCUGGCGGUGUUGGCUCCGUUUUCCUACAGCAGCUUGCCUAUGUCGCCAGUCGACGCCGCUCUCCUGAGAUUAGGCUUGUCUAUGUCGCCAUAAUUGACAAAGCACUUUACCACGCCGAUUAUCAACACAUUGAAAUUGCCACAGCUCUUUCUGCACUGGAGGGUAAAGGGGGGCCACUCCCCUCCAUCUCCCAGACUGUAGAGUACCUUUCUCGUGCACCUGGAAAGGUCAUCGUGGUUGAUAACACAAGCAGCCAGCAAAUUGCCGAGGCUUAUCCGCAGUUCCUUCGCCAUGGAUUCAGCGUAGUGACGCCUAAUAAGAAAGGCUUUUCUGGUAGCUGGAGUCUAUGGCAGGAGAUCUUCGAUGCAGAGGGCACGGAUGGCUCCAUGAUUUACCACGAGUGCUCGGUCGGUGCAGCUCUACCGGUCAUCGGGCCUUUGAAGCGGCUUGUUGAAACUGGUGAUGAGAUCAAACGUGUUGAGGGCGUUUUUAGCGGUACUAUGUCGUACCUCUUCAACAAUUUCGCUCCGAUCCAGGGAAGUGGCGGCAAGUGGUCAGACGAAGUCAAAAAAGCGAAGCAAUUAGGCUACACUGAGCCUGACCCGCGUGAUGACUUGAACGGCCUCGAUGUCGCUCGAAAAGUUACCAUCGUCGCCCGCUUGGCUGGACUCGCCAUUGAGUCACCGACUUCUUUUCCAGUCCAGAGCCUGGUUCCCAAAGAGCUUGAGGGGGUCACGAGCAGCGAAGAGUUUCUCGAAAGGCUUUCCGAGUUCGAUGUUCAGAUGGAAGAACAUAAAGCAACCGCGGCCAAAGACGGCAAGGUGGUUCGAUUUGUUGGUCACAUUGAUGUAGCAUCAAAACAAGCCAAAGUUGGUCUAGAGUCUUUCGAGAAAUCCCACCCUAUCGCGUCGCUCAAGGGAAGCGACAACAUCAUUAGCAUCUAUACUAAGCGAUAUGGUGACCUGCCUUUGAUUGUUCAAGGUGCUGGUGCCGGUGCGGCUGUGACGGCUAUGGGCGUCUUGGGAGACGUGUUGAGGGUGCUGGAACGGAUUAGACCCCCAGAAGCGUCCCUCACAAGUUUUCAGUAUCUAGCCGAUGUCGCAAUGAAUCCUGCUAAAUCAAUCACGCAUAUCAAGCGGUUAAAGCGGAGCAGGUCGAUGCGCACCUCUCCACAAAACCUACCACAUAUGGAUCCACUCUUUCAGCCCCGUGCUGUUCGACGUAAUCAAAGAUUGCCAUGGGAUGGGUACGCCGUGUAUCUGUAUGAACUACAUGCGCGCCCUUGGCUUGACAUUAGGGCGCAAGUGGCUCAGAUGGUAAUUGAGCAAGAGAUUCAUGGUGACAUUAUAAAUUCUGCCCAGCACGCGCCGUUAUUUAACAACAUCAGUACAAUGGGGACCAACUCAACCCGCGGCGAGACCGACAACUUUGUCCUUACAGCUAAUGCCCUACACAAUGCUCUUCCCAAAUUCCAUUUCUCGACCCAGGCAAUACACGCCGAUGACUUCGUCAGCCCUCACCGGGCAAUUGCCCCAGCAAUGCACCCCGCCGUAAACUAUCGAUAUACCCGUGAUCCGGAUCAGCUGGUCGAGAUGGAGAAUGACGAUCCCAAUGCACCUUUCGAUUCACACGUUUAUUCACGUUACACUGCCCCCAACUCGAACCGAUUCGAAAUUAUACUCAAAACUCUAUUUGGCUAUAGCACCGUCUCUUAUGCUUCAGGACUCGCAGCCUUCAAUUCUAUGUUGAUCUUGGUGAACCCCAAGAAGAUCUUCAUUACCGAUGGCUAUCAUGGCGUUCACGGCAUAAUCGACAUCAUGCACAAGCUCAACGGGCUUCAAAAGUUGUCAUUAGACGAUAUUGAUCAGGCUGGUCCGGGCGAUAUGAUCCACGUUGAAACACCACUGAACCCAACUGGCGAGGCACGUAACCUCGCAUUCUUCAAGGAGAAGGCUCGUGCUGUGGGAGCUAUCUUGACUGUUGAUGCAACACUUGCCCCGCCGCCACUACAAGAUCCUAUACAGCUAGGCGCAGAUUUGGUCAUGCAUAGUGGCACCAAGUACAUAGGCGGACACUCUGACAUGCUGUGUGGUAUCGUUGUUAUCCACCCAGAUCGUGUUCAGGAAGGAUGGGAGAAGACGCUACGUGAGGAACGCCAGGUUUUAGGAAACGUCAUGGGCAGCUUGGAGGGCUGGUUAGGCAUUCGAUCACUGCGUACUCUAUUCCUCCGCGUCACACAGCAAUCUCGCAAUGUCCAAGGUGUUGUUUCUUGGCUCCAUAAGGGUCUGGAGGAUCGAAGCUCAGUUAUUGGCCGCACAGUCACGAAAGUGACGCAUAGUUCUAUCCAGAAGGACGCACUGGACGAGGGCUGGCUUCAGAAACAGAUGCCUGGUGGUCAUGGUUCUCUCUUCAGCAUUUGGCUUAAGAGUCGAGAAUUCGCUAAGCGUUUACCAAGUAAACUAUACAUCUUCCAGCAUGCUGCCAGUCUAGGAGGCGUCGAGAGCCUGUGCGAAUGGCGUGCCAUGAGCAGCGAGGACGAAGAUCCGUUAUUGCUUAGAUUCAGUCUUGGUGUUGAGGAUCUGGAAGAUCUAAAAUCAGAUCUCUUACAGGGACUUGAGGCGCUUCUGGCCGAGGAUAGCUGA